AUGAGCACUCUUCUCUCUAUCUUAAGAGCUGGAAAUAUGGAUUUCAAAUUAUAUAAGAAUAAUAACUCAAUGAUAUCAAUUAUUCCCGAUUCAUUAAAUUUUUCAGGAAAAGAUAUGAAAUUUUUAAAUUAUUCAAAUCAUGCGAAGAAUAUAUUUGGAGGUGUCACAAAGAUUUCGAAAAUCUUAAAUCACACACAGAAGAAUGAUUCCAUAACGAGGUACAAUGCUUUAACUCUAAAAACGUUUUAUAGUUAUUAUCAAGAUAGAGUGCAAAAUUCAGGUGAAACUUAUGAUAAUACCUAUCAGAGAAUGUUUGUAAAUAAUACGCAAUUUGAUAAUAAUAAUGAAUUUAAUUUUAAUUUUACAAAUUCGUCUGAAUUUGACUCACUGAAUCUAGCUUUAACAUUAUUGAACAAUGUUGUUACAUUUGGAUCACUUAGUUUGAUUGAUGCAUUACAAAAUUCCACGAAAUAUACUAAUUUAUCAAAUACAUUAUCAAUUACAAUGAAAAAUAUCGAAACUUUCAAACAACUUGCUCUAAUGUUAAAUGAAUCAAUUCACACAAAGACAGUCAAUCAAACAGAUUCAAAUGAAAGUUAUAAACUAAAUAAUGAUAAAGAGAAAAGUGAAUUUAAUUCUAAAAAGGAAAAUGUCAGUUUUAAUAAUAGAAAACAAAAUACUCAAUCUGAAACUAAAAAAGAAAACAACAAAUUCAAUGAUGAAAAAGAAACAAAAUCUAAAAAGACAGGAACUAAAAAUCAGAAUGACGAAAGAGUAAAUGAUUGGUUUAAUAUAGUGAAAGAUUAUGCAAGCAAGGCAGUUGAUAAAUCGAAGGAAUUUGCAAAGAACAAUUUCCCUGAUGCUUAUGAAACAACUAAAGAUUAUGCAAACAAAGCAGUUGAUAGAUCGAAAGAGUUUGCAAAGAAUAACUUCCCUGAUAUUUAUGAAACAACUAAAGAUUAUGCAAGCAAAGUUAAAAAUGAAAUUGAGAAACAACUAAAUGAUGCGCAUAAGUUCGCCGAAGAAAAACUUCUGUAUCAUUCAGACAAAACAAUGCAAGCAUCAAAAGAAUUUGAAAAAGCCAAUAACAAAAGUAAUUCUGAAAAAGCAAAAGAUCAAACAAGAAAAUGA